GGGUAGUUAGGGGGCACAAAGUGAAGAAGUGACUAAACAACCACUCCCUCCUCCACCCCACUCGCUUUAAAUAUUUCAUCUCGUCACAGUAACAUUUCCCCCAAUAUUUCUCACCCUCUGCUCAAGAUUAGGUUUUACAUUCGCCAUUUGCGUAAUCAUGAACUCCAAUCACCUGCUUCUUGAAGAACCGAUGCGUAUGGCUUCGAUUCUCGAGCCAUCCAGACCUAGUUAUUUUCCGUCAAUGACGAAGAUCGUUGGUACUCUCGGACCGAAAUCGAGAUCUGUGGAGGUUAUUUCGCGGUGUCUUAUGGCUGGAAUGUCUGUGGCGCGUUUUGAUUUUACAUGGGGUGAUGCUGAGUUUCAUCAGGAGACAUUGGAAAACCUAAAAAUUGCUAUCAAGAAAACAAAGAAGUUGUGCUCUGUUAUGUUAGAUACAACUGGUCCUGAGGUCCUGGUUGUCAACAAAGGUGAUCAUCCUAUACCCCUUGAAGCAGAUUCCUUCGUUGUUUUAACACCCGAUCAAGAGAAAGAAGCAACUUCAGAUUUAUUGCCAGUUAACUUCGGUGGUUUAGCAAAGGCUGUAAAGCCCGGUGACACCAUCUUUCUUGGACAAUACUUGUUUACAGGAAGUGAGACAACAUCUGUUUGGCUGGAGGUUUCUGAGGUCAAAGGUGAUGAUGUUGUUUGUCUGAUAAAGAACUCGGCUGUGCUUGCUGGAACAUUGUACACUUUACAUGUUUCUCAAGUUCAUAUCGAUCUACCUACACUAAACGAUAAAGACAAGGAGGUUAUCAGCACAUGGGGAGUAAAAAACAAUGUUGACUUUCUAUCUCUGUCACAUACCCGAAGUGGGCAAGAUAUUCGAGAAGCUCGUGAAUAUCUUUCUAAACUAGGUGACCUCAGUCAAACUCAAAUUUUUGCAAAGAUUGAAAAUGUAGAGGGCCUCGUGAAUUUUGAUGAAAUUCUACAGGAAGCUGAUGGCAUUAUCCUUGCUAGAGGGAAUUUAGGGAUUGACCUUCCACCAGAGAAGGUAUUUCUGUUUCAAAAAGCAGCUGUGUACAAAUGUAAUAUGGCUGGGAAACCGGCUGUUGUUACUCGUGUUGUUGAUAGCAUGACCGACAACUUGAGGCCCACGCGUGCUGAAGCUACUGAUGUUGCUAAUGCUGUUUUAGAUGGAGCUGAUGCAAUUCUUCUAGGUGCUGAGACAAUGCGGGGGUUGUACCCUGUUGAAACUAUCUCUAUUGUUGGUAAAAUUUGUGGCGAGUCUGAAAAGGUGUACAAUCAAGAUUCAUAUUUCAAGAACACUGUCAAAUAUGUUGGUGAACCAAUGAGCCACAUGGAAUCUAUUGCUUCCUCUGCGGUCCGUGCUGCCAUCAAGGUGAAAGCAUCGAUUAUCAUCUGCUUCACUUCAUCUGGAAGAGCUGCGAGGUUAAUUGCCAAGUACAGGCCUACCAUGCCGGUGCUUUCUGUUGUUAUCCCGCACCUUAAAACAAAUCAACUUCGCUGGACAUUUACAGGCGGUUUUGAGGCAAGGCAGUCGCUCAUCAUAAGAGGCCUAUUUCCCAUGCUUGCAGAUCCUCAACACCCGGGUGGAUCUAAAAGUGCGACAAAUGAGACGGUUUUAAAGGUGGCAUUAGAUCAUGGGAGGAACAUUGGUGUGAUAAAGUCGCAUGAUCGUGUUGUUGUUUGCCAAAAGGUGGGUGAUGAUUCUGUCGUCAAGAUUAUCGAGCUUGAAGAUUAGGCAGACCCUAAUUACUAAUUACUACCAUAGUUUAUCUAUCUAAUACUAUGGUAAUUAGCUUUCUAGUUAUGCACCAGUUUGAUUUUGAAUGUAUUUGCUACUUAAACAAGUCAUAUAAUCAUAUGGGCUUAAAGUUUUAUUAUAAACCAGUGGGAUUCUCUCACAUGAUGCAGCUAGAUUGAGUUGUUA